AAAAAUCAAAGGAAAUCUGGUUUAUCCUUUGCAAUUUGAAAUAAAAAUUACACAAAUAUGCUCUUUAAAUUCCCAGAUAAUAACAAAUCAAACACUUGAGAACAAAUCUAAUCUGUGGUUUACCCAGUAUUGGCUUAUUGUUUUCCGAACAACAUGUACGAAUACGACGUCGAAAACGACCAGUACAACGAGAUUUUUUUCGAUGACUCUUCGCGAAGAAACAGUGUUUCAAGCCGUCGCAGUUCAAGGUUUAGCACCACAAGCCAUUUCUCUCGCGUUAUAAGCAAAAGCGGCCGUUUGAACACAUUUCAAGUGAAAAUUCCGCGGAAAUAUGCCAACUAUUUUAAAGACUUGGGCAACACUUUGCUCAACAUUCGCUGGCGGUGGAUCAUGACCGCUUUGUGUCUAGUCAACUUCGCUAGUUUUUUCCUCUUCGGGCUGCUCUACAUGUGGAUUGCUUACGCAAGCGGCGAUUUUGACUCAACUGACGAUUUUUGCAUCGUUAAUACGAAAAACCUGACCGGAUAUAUUCUCUUAAGCAUCGAAACUAUGCUUACAAUAGGAUAUGGGUACCGAUAUCCCACGGAAAAGUGCACACUGGGGUGGGUUGUGCCCCUUUUGCAGGCUCUGGUCAGUGUGGGGAUCCAGGGCGCGCUGGUUGGUGCCGUCUAUGUCAAAAUCGCCAAACCGUUCACAAAAAACUCGCUGAGCAUUUUUAGCAAAAAGGCGGUGGUGGCACAAAGGGACGGUAAAAUGUGUCUCAUGAUACGAAUUGUAGACUUGACGGGGAAAAUCUCAAUCGGGACAAAUGUAACAAUGUAUUUUAUCGACAAGUUUGGAGGCGAUCCUGUCGUAAUCAAACAAAUUAAGACAGAACCGUUUGGGUUCCUGAUUUUUCCAGUUGAAAUCGUCCAUGUGAUUGACUGCGAAAGUCCGUUAUGGAAAGUUUCGCCUUUCGAUCUCUUGACCAAACCAUUCGAAGUUAUUGUCGUGGCUGAGGGUUUGUCGGUUAUAACCGGGCAAGCGUCCCAAAACCGGACGUCUUACACAAAUUCGGACAUUCUUUGGGGCCACCGAUUCCUCCCGUGUGUCCAUUUUGACCCGGUUAAACAACAAUAUGUUAUAAAUUACAAAAAUUUAAACCAGUUAAUCCCAUUUGAUACGCCACUUUGUAGCCCACAAUUUCUAAAUUCAAUAGAUAAAACUGAACUGAUCAAUAAAGACUCGAAAUAGGUUUUGUUUGACAAAA